UUUGCUACCAGAUAUCUUAUAGAGCUCAAAAAUACCUCUGCCAAAUUUUAUCGAGAACGCCUUAGAUUUUGGGUAUAGCUCCCAUAUUUCUGCAAAAAGUUAUCUCUUGGUUUUUUAUAUAGCCAUUUAUUUACCUACCCAUUUAAUUUGUUGCAUUUUAUUGCCAUUUGUUUGCCUACAUCAUCAUCAUCAUCAUUAUCAUCGACAUGGAGGAUAUAUAUAUUCUAAAUUUUACAACGAGAUAUCAAAUCCAUAUAUAAACAAAGCGAUUUUCUGCUCUACACACAACAAAACACCUUCAGUGUAAACAAAUAGCUAUAUUUAUGGCAACACUAAACAGAUGUAAAUAUAAUUAAGAAAAAAAAUGUGCAACAAAACGUUUAAAAAAUUUAUGAAAACCGGCAGAGAGAAGAGGGUUAGAGAUAAGAAAAUGACUAGGCUAUUUGUGAGGGAAUGAUGGUAACGAUAGGGGCAAUGAAGGUUGAAAAUAAAGCGGGAAAAGAUAUGGAAUAUUUUGAAAAACAACAUUUUGGAAAUAAAGAAAAAUAACUAUUGAGUCUCCUUAGAAGUCCCCAUUUAAUUUCCGAUUUCUUACGACCGUCUUGUAUCUUUUUUUAAUUAAUUUUUAUAGCACCUCUUUUAUAGCUCUACUUUCAUUUCGCUAUAAGCCCCCCUGUUGUUGUGGGCACAUGUGUUUGCCAAUAUUUGCGUUAAUUUUCCACAGGCGUUAAAAACAAUUGGUAAUUCUAUUCUGGUAUUUGUACUUGUUUUUGCUGCUGCUGCUUCUGCCGCGAUAUUUGUACUCAAGUUCAGUUAAUGUUAAUCUCUUUACGCCAUUGAAAAUUUUGUUAUUAUCUCAAUAUCAACAAUGUUGUUAAUUAUUAUCAUAAUACCGAAAAACACAACGAUUUCGAUUCAAUGCAUUUGUUUGGUGUAGCUGAACGGAAUAGGAAGUCUAAAAUCGCAUUGUCUAGAGGUACAGCACGACCCAUUGAAAACGUGGAACCACUUGCCAGUCAGUGGUCGCAAAAAAAUACCCAAGAAAACAACUUGUAAAUCUUGUUAUCGUUUCAAAAAACUGCUAUUGUUCAUCAAUUCAUCUAAUCUACCAUCCGCUGGUUGGUUGUUUGCUUGAAGUUACCGGGUUGAGAGUGAGUGAGAGCGCGUCGAAAUUGGUCUCAUAAAAUUUAAUUAUAGUACCGUACCCUGCCCUAAAUAUUUCCCUCCCGACACAAAAACUAUUGUAUAAUCGCAUCAACCAACCAAGUGUUUUUUAAAUGGUUCAAUUUGUUGCCGAGAAUUAUUUGCCUGGGAUUGGUGUCUGAUUACCUACCUACCUGUCUGGAUAGAUGUCUGGCUGAGUGACUGCUGAUUUUUAUUUUCCCUUGCACCCGUCUGUCGAUGGUAAAGAUAACUAAAUAUCGCUUUAAGAGCUUUAUUUUGCCAAAAAAUAAGACGAGACGAAACGAAACGUUUUAGCCAAUAUCAGCCAACAUCCGAGCGCCGCGUAUCAUUCAUUUCAAAAACGUGUUGCAAACAAGAAUCAGCAAUGACCCACUGAGCAAACUCAACAGCUGGAAAGAAUUUGAGAAACCUCGGGAGCAAAAAAACAUUAAAGGAUCCUGAAGUAAAUUUCCACACCCACUCGAAGAAAAUCUACUCAGAAAAACACCUGAAAAUGGCUCAAUUUGGACCAUGGGAUUACACCAUAUUGGCCAUUGUGCUGCUUGUGUCGGCUGCCAUUGGUGUCUAUUAUCGCUUUACCGGUGGCAAACAGAAGACGACCAGAGAAUAUCUGCUGGCUGAUCGUUCCAUGUCUGUGGUGCCGGUGGCCUUUAGUUUAAUGGCCAGUUUUAUGUCGGCUGUCACUCUGCUAGGUGUCUCGGCGGAAAACUAUCAAUAUGGCACCCAAUUUGUAAUCAUUAAUUUAUCCUACGUUGUUGGAACACCUGUUGCAGUCUAUUUAAUACUGCCCGUAUUCUAUCGCCUGAAAACGGCCAGUGUUUAUGAAUAUUUGGAAUUGCGUUUUGGUUAUGCUGCCCGCCUGUGUGCCUCAUUGGCGUUUUCUUUGCAAAUGAUCCUCUACAUGGGCAUUGUGCUCUAUGCCCCAGCCCUGGCCUUGGAAGCUGUGACGGGGCUGAAUUUGGUAUUCUCCAUUAUCAUUGUGGGUGUGGUGUGUACCUUCUAUGCCACGGUGGGCGGCAUGAAAGCUGUCCUGGUUACGGAUAUUUUCCAAUCUCUACUUAUGUUUGCCUCCAUAUUUGCCAUUAUCAUUUCGGCUGCCAUCAAAGCUGACGGUCUGGAAGAAAUUUGGAACACCGCCAAGGAGGGUGGCCGCCUGGAGUUCUUUAAUUUCAGUGUCGAUCCCACAACGAGACAUACCUUUAUUACCCAAAUGAUUGGUGGCCUGGCCACAUAUCUGGCCAUUUAUGGUGUCAAUCAAACCCAGGUGCAACGUUUACUUUCCGUACGCACCCUCAAGGAGUCAGGGCGAGCCCUGUGGUGGAGUUUGCCCAUUUUGAUAUUGCUCAGUGUGACCACCUGCUUUUCGGGGCUGUGCAUGUAUUAUUACUACAAAACCUGUGACCCCUUGCUGGAGGGUAGAAUCACCUCCCGUGAUCAAUUGAUGCCCUUAUUUGUGGUGGAUACCAUGGGCCAUAUACCAGGCAUAUCGGGGCUAUUUGUAUCCGGCAUGUUCUCCGCCAGUUUGUCGACAAUUUCCUCGGCCAUAUCAUCAUUGGCCGCUGUGACCCUGGAAGAUUACAUCAAACCCUUGGUUAGCUAUCGCAAAAAGGAAGAGCUCUCCGAUGCCAAGACCACUUUCUAUUCCAAAUUGUUAUCGAUUAUUUAUGGUGGAGUUUGUUUGGGCUUGGCCUUUUUGGCAGGAUCCAUGGGUGGCCUGUUACAGGCUGCUUUGUCGAUUUUUGGUAUCAUUGGAGGACCCUUGCUGGGGCUCUUUACCUUGGGCAUGUAUUUCCAAAAGGCCAAUCAGAAGGGAGCAUUGACCGGCUUGGCCCUGAGUUUGGCAUUUUCAUUUUGGAUUGGUUUUGGCCAGCCCCGGCCACCCAUACCCAGUUUGCCGCUGGAAACUGAUGGGUGUCCGGCCACACCCACCACCACAAGUCACAUAAAAGAGAUUUUUAAUCCAGCCUUCGAAAUGCGUAAGGAAGAUUCCGAUUAUUUCUAUUUAUAUCGUGUGUCCUAUAUGUGGUAUGCCGUCUGCGGUUUCCUAAUAUCCGUGGUAAUUGGCUGGCUAAGUUCUUGGGUGUAUGAAAAACUCCAUUGGGCUAGUAAUGACAAAAUCUACACCGAUCAAAGUAGGACCGUGAUAAAAUAUGAUCUCUUUGUGCCACCCAUUGCCAAGAGAAUAAGGCAGAGGCAAAUGCCUUUGGUUGUGGUCACAGCCAGUUCGGAGAUUGGUGGCAACUCAUCGAGGACACCGAGUUUUGUGGAAGAGGAAAACGGUGGGAAUUUAAACAAAGCUUAUAGCCACUCAACGGAGCUGAAUGCAAUUGAGGGGAAUGAAAGUGGUGGAGAUGAGUCCAAAACGGAGCAAGUAUCUGCCAGUCGAAAAAGUUCCACCAGCAGUGGCAAAGGCAGCAUGGAGGCCAUACCCGAGGAACAGGAACAGCAACCACAGCAAAUGAAUGGUUCCAUUAAAAGUGGGGCAUAUGAAAAUCAAGAAAAAAGUAUUAAAUGAAUGAAUGCAUUUUUUAAUUUUUAAGUUUUGAAAAAAUAAAUUAUUUUUAUUUAAAAAAAAAAUUAAACAAUUUUAGAUGAAAUAUU